UUUUCAAGCGGAGCGGGCAUUCUAUCCUCUCGCUCCACCACCAACGCCCAACAGGGCGCUCCCUUGCCCCAGAAUUUGCUUCUGCGGGCAGAUUGUUGAUGUGGAGUAGUCGACCUCACAGGCCUCUUCGUCACUGCUGCUUGGUUUAGCAUCCUUCGCUGCGCACUUGGAGUCCUUUCUCAGCCUCUGAGAGGAUUGUGGAGUGCGCUUGGUGGACAUGGCAGCCAAUGCAUUCCUUGCGAACAGGUUGACGGCCGCGCCUUCACUGGCCUCGGCUUCCUGCUCACACACUUCUUCAGCUCUAGAGGCAAGUCCUGCAGUAUGCGGUGUCGUCACAAGACCUGCAGCUCCGACCAUGAGCCUUAGCAGCGCCAUGUGGGGUAUGAAAUUGCAAACCUCCGUAGCACCCAAGCCGGUGAAGGCAGGAAGUUCUAUUGCCGUGGCCGCAUACGACGACGACGAGGAAGAGGAGUCCGAAGAGGAUAUCACCGCUGCUUAUGAAGCUUUGUAUGGGAAGGCGUUUGAGGGAUUGAAGAAAGGCUCAAGUGACGAUGACAAUCUUGGGGAUGAAUCACGAGGCCGGCGUGGUGGAGACCGACGGGGCGGCAAAAACACUGAGGAUAAAAUGGAAGAGAGAGUGGUGCAAAUUCGUCGAGUAACCAAGGUGGUGAAGGGAGGCAAGCAGAUGUCCUUCCGUGCUGUGGUCGUGAUUGGAGAUAAGAAAGGCACAGUUGGUGUGGGGGUUGGAUCUGCGAAGGAGGUCAUUACUGCCGUGCAGAAGUCGGCUACUGACGCCCGGCGCCACUUGGUCACUGUGCCCAUGACCAAGUACCUGACAUUCCCACACAGAGCCGAUGGAGAAUACGGUGCAGCCAAGGUGAUGCUCAGGCCUGCGGCGACAGGAACAGGAGUUAUUGCUGGAGGUGCUGUGCGUGUGGUGCUUGAGUUGGCAGGAGUAGAAAACGCUUUAGGGAAGGAGCUGGGAAGCAAGAAUCCUCUCAACAACGCCAGGGCUGUUGUCGAAGCUGUUGGGAAGAUGAAGCAGUUCAGGGAUGUAGCAAGAGACCGUGGCAUCCCCAUGGAGGAGCUCUGGAAGUAAACUACUUACUGGGUAUGCACUAAAACAUUCUUGGCUAGUUUUACGAGAAUUUUUGGCAUCCCCCCUGUAUCAGCAUAAUCUUCCUCUUUCCAUUUUUCUUAUCAAAGAAUGUCUUAUUUUUUAGAUGCCGAAGUUUACUCGUGUUACACUUAUUUGCGUCAGAUGCCAGGACGAUAUGGCUUUGUCGUUAUUUGGUUCUAGUGUGAUGCACAAUCUCAUGAAGGCGUACAAAUUUUAUCCUGAGUGUUCACUCUGUGCACCUCAUACAUCCUGAGUUUUAUAAUACACAUGUUUGUUCAACCUUAGUUUGUGGUUCACUGAGAAUCAUGAUGCAUUGUACUUGUGUACCAAAAGUACCCUACAAAAGAAGUUUGUGCGGUAGUUGGUAUGAUGAACGGAAAAUGUGAAGCCAUUGUCAAUCUUUUCAAAAACAAUUUUCAUCGUUAAUCUAGUCAUUUUAUA